CAAUUCAUUCCAUCAACCCCCUCGGCUGCUCUGCUCAAUACUUCCCUCAUCAUAAGGACCCUCCGCUGCUCCAACGCUACUUGUCCCUCCCUCCCUCCCCUCCCUCUCCUUCUCCCAUCAACAUCUCCGCCGUGCUUCCUUCACGCACUGCCCCUCUCUCUAGUCCCUAUCCCCCCCUGCUCCUCCUCUACGUCAUCGCCACACUAAUCGUCGCGGCACUUCUCCACGUUCCGGUUGAGACAGUUGAUCGGCUCACCCUUCGUCCACACCAAAGGAAAUAUUAACAGUGAUUCUCCUAGUGAUCGUCGACGAAUGCGAUACAUUCUUUGAACUGUUUCCGGAAGCCUGCGAAAGGUGGCGGGUACAAGACAGCAGUGCGACGUUGUUGAAACGGUAGUAGUUGAGGGGUUUAGGGUGUGGGUUUGUUGGUGGGCUCCGGAGGCGGAAGAAGGAUCUCUACCACCGUUACAAUCAUGGUGGCCUGAGGAGAUUUGGGCUGAUGUGAAUUGGACUGUGCAUGCGCUAGCGGGUGAAGCGAGUCGAGCGCGGUUCGAUCGUGUCCUAUAUCUCGGAUCCGUUUGAUUCCGCGAGAUUGUUUGGAGGAUAGGAGAGAUCAUGGCCUCCAUUGCAGUGCCUCAUGGUUUGGUCGGUGAUUCUUCGCCCGAGUCCCAGUCUCUGGUGAUUGGCGCGAAGGACUUGGAGGGAGGAGAGUAUGGCACAUUCAGCAACAAGGAACCCGAAGUGCUAUUGGAGUACUGGAAGAACUCAGCUGACGAGAAGGAUGCGGAUUACACUAGAUUGAAUACCGUAACUGGGCGCUUGGCGGAGUGUGCAACUCUAGCGUUCUUGUUCCUCCAGCUGCCUCAGAUCAUUCUGAAUACCAAAAAUCUGAUGACAGGGGAUUUCGCCGCGCUCUUUGCCGUUCCUUGGAUGGGGCAAUUGACUGGGCUGCUGGGAAAUCUGUCGCUACUUUCGUACUUCGCGGGAAAGAGGGAGAGGGGUGCAAUGAUAGUACAAGCGGUGGGCGUGGCAUCGACUCUGAUCGUGCUGAUGCAACUGGCCAUCGCCGGGGCAAUGCCGCUCCCUGCCUUCGGUGCGACUGCGACAGCAGUGGUCGUAGGUUAUAUCUUAAACUUGUUGAACUACCAGGGGCUCCUAAGACCCUCCAUCUGGCAGGUGUGGGAGGAAGCUGUAACAAUCGGUGGUGUCACCGUCCUUCCUCAGGUUAUGUGGUCAACGUUCGAGCCGGCGUUGCCUCAUUCCAUGCUGCCAUCGAUGGUGUGGGGAACUGUAAUGGUUUCGUUGGUUGUCCUGGCUCGGAUGGGGAAGCUUUCGGAGAAGGUGCUUUUGUACAUGGGCGGUGUGUCUGCGUGGACGGCCACCCUCCUCUUCAUGUGGGGGCCUAUUGCACAAAUGUGGACCAACUACGUGAACCCCGCCAACAUCAAGGGGCUUUCGUCUCAGACCGUGUUGCUGGCCAUGAUCGGCAACGGGUUGUUACUGCCUCGGGCACUAUUCAUUAGGGAUUUCAUGUGGUUCACGGGUUCGUCGUGGGGAUGCUCGUUGGCCGGCGAGGGCAUUCUAAUCAGCAUGUACAUUAACGGCUGCGUGAGCAGUGCGCUAUUUUGGGUCGUUUCAGCGGGUUACGUUUCCUGGAUAGGCGGUAUGCUGCACAAGGAUAAACGGGCGUACAAACUUCCCUCGAUCUUCAGCCCGCUCCGUGAGCUUGUGUCCGGGUCAAGGCAAUAUCACGGCUGAAAGGCACCAAUGUUUGAGAAAGUGUUAGAGUUUUCUUCUGCACCAGAGCAUGGUCAUCGAGAUGUAGCUCCAGAGCCCAAUGGACCCUGCAGUGGUCGUGCUCACUAAAACAUCCGCGCAGUCGAAGCUUCUGUGUACCCCUGGAGACGUGCUUUCGAAGAACAGCAUCACAAUAAAUGCCUGAUUAGAAGGCCGAGGUCAUUUGUGGGAAUCCGAUCACUGAUCGCGAGCGGAAAGUAGAAAGCUUCCGAGUAGUGGUGGGCAUACAAAAAGUUCCAGUGUGUGGUGCGAAGAUGAUCGCAAGUCCAGCUGGGACGUUAGACCUAAGUGUGUGAGUAGGCUAGAUUACUUUAGAGUACGGCAGACACAUUUUUGGUUUCGGUAAACGACAGCUCAUUCGCACGAGCGGUCGGGUACAUGUACACAACGUUGGUGAGAGGCGAUAGUCCUGAUACACAAUACUGCCGACAUAUGGCAUAAACAUUGGGCGCUCGUAGCAGCCUGGAGGUGUUGUGGGUGAGUAAACAGAGGUUCGGGAACUGCGGCCGAUCGGAGAGGAUGGCGACAGAAUAUGUCGUGCUUGUAAUUGGUCGCGCGGUGUGGGUGAUGGUUCGGAUGUGUAAUAUAAAUGUGAAGAGUUGAUCUUUAA